GUCUGGUUUCCCUCUCACUAUUGUGAGAGUAACUUGAGAAGAGUCAAAAGUCUUCUAUUUUGAUAUUGGGAAAUGUGGCGAGUAGCCGCGAUGGCUGCACCCACUAAAUUGGGAUUCUCGGCGCCAAUUUUGACUUCUUGCUUUGACCCUCACCUUACCAUCGCGACCACCGGAGGAUCCACCCCUGACUGCCGCCUCUUUCGCCGGCGUUAUCCUGAGCCCGACUCCUUCUCUGGCGGCGGCGCCUUCGGUAGUUUCGGUGUGAGAUUCCGUGAAGGGAAGUUGCGAAUAGGCCGGCGAGCUCGGACUUCCCUAUCGGCCUUAAUGCUUCCGGAAAAUCCUCUCGCCAGAGACGUUCUCGCCACGGCCAUCUCCGGCAGCGUCGCCCUCUCCUUGCUCCGUUUUUGGGAAGAAACAGCCAGGCGUGGGUUAUUCGAUCAGAAAUUGAAUAGGAAGCUUGUGCAUAUAAGCAUUGGACUAGUUUUCAUGCUUUUCUGGCCACUCUUCAGUUCUGGAAUUCAAGGAGCAGUUCUAGCAUCUCUGAUUCCUGGAGUCAACAUAAUGCGCAUGCUUCUUUUGGGACUUGGAAUAUUUAAAGAUGAGGACACUGUGAAGUCAAUGAGCAGAUUUGGAGACUACAGGGAACUUCUCAAGGGACCAUUAUACUAUGCCUCCACAAUUACUUUCGUCUGUGUAUUCUAUUGGAGAACUUCCCCUAUUGCAAUUGCAGCUAUCUGCAACCUGUGCGCUGGAGAUGGUUUAGCCGACAUUGUUGGAAGGCGGUUCGGCAGUCAUAAAAUUCCAUACAACAGAAGCAAGUCAUUUGCUGGUAGUGUUGCGAUGGCAGUUGCUGGUUUUAUGUCAUCUAUUGGGUACAUGCACUAUUUUUCCUUGUUUGGAUACAUGCGGGAAAGUUGGGAAAUGGUUUUUGCUUUCUUGGUUGUAUCUCUUGUCACAGCACUCAUAGAAUCGCUCCCCAUAAGCAGUGAGCUUGAUGACAACCUCACAGUUCCAGUUGCUUCUGUGUUGCUGGGCAGUUUUGUUUUCUGAAGUCAUGAAUUUGCAUCCCCGAACAUUAAGCAAAGAUUAUUAUAGAAGUAAUCUUGAUUGGGAAUUUGUUGCACGGUUUCUUUAAGUCAUGGAUCGAGUAUUGGCACCUCUCAACCAAAUCAUGUAUCACUUUGCAAAGCCAAGGGAUAGAUAAAUCUUGUGUGUAUUUUACUACUGUGUUUUAUAUAUUUUUUAUCAGAAAAAUGCAGUAGUGAUUCCACUAAAAUGAUGUUGAAGAAUGUAGCAGUGAUUGGACCAAAUUGUUAUUUUUGAAGUUCUGUUUUUUGGUGGGUUCUAGUGUAACCAAGUCGUUGAUUUCAAGGUUGGGCUUUUGUUUUGAA